UGUCGCUCACUGCUCCCAUCAUGCAGGUUCGUCGACGAGGGUCUGUGUCCUCGUUGUGGCAGUUCGCGCGACCAGGUGGUGGCUGCAGCGUGCAUCUUCGUCGCAUUGAGUCCACUUCCCCAGACACGGUAUAUGCCGUGAGCACACUGCCACAUGUGCUGCACCUCCUCCAAGGCAGCAAGAUCAAGUGUACAUUUCAUGUAGAAGAAGCCAUUGUCGAUGUUGCGUCCUUUGACGGCAGCAUCGCGAUCGCUGGAGACAGGGGUAGCAUUUGGCUCGUUCCAUGGCCAACGUUGACAGACCGUUCGAUCACUCUCUGUAGUCGACGUCACGACAACCUCCACCACGGCGACGUCCGGGAUGACGUGGUCCGGGAUGACGUGGCCGCACUUGGACAGUCUCGCCACCAAGUCCGUGCGAACCGAAAACGAUCGCUUGAUUCCACCAGCGACAAGGGGCAACCUCACGUUCCGAUCCUUCACAUUCCUGGCGUGCGCAGCAUCUCUUGCCACGUCGACGACUCGUUGUCAGUGGUCGUUUUCUCCAUGGGGGUGUUGGCUCCCACGGCUGCGUCCGUGUUGUCACCCCGCCGCAACAAGCUCGCGGAGCCCAUCGAAUACGCAGACCUUGAAGGAGAAAUGCCCACGUGCAUGCUCUACGUGUCCAAGGCCACCGCCAGCCAAUCGUUUUUCGACAACGCAUGCGAUUCAAAGUGCGACGGGUGGCUCGUGCAAGGCGACGUGGACGGCCGCGUGCGCGUGGUGGCGGUGGACGUCCGCAAGGCAGUUCUGUCCGCCUUCACCCUUUGGAGUUUCAAAGACCAAGCCAUCCAACAAUUGCUCGCCGUGUCGUCAGAUGCGAUUGCUGUGCUAGGCUCGUUGGGACGACUGGUGGUGCUGGGGGCGUUGGGGCGUGUGCUCAUGGACGUCCAGCUACAUUUCCCAGUCGAUUCGAUCGUGUAUCAUUCGAUAGCCAAGAAGUUCGUGUAUGUGGCCCGGGGCCAGUGCUACGCUCAUGCGCUGAGUUCAUCCAGCAGCGCUGCGCUCCAUCACAUUCCUCGUGACGCCAAGCGAGUCGUCGCGUGUGCAGAACCAAGUCGAAUCGGCGUCCUGUCAAAGCUCUGCAGAUUGUUCACGACGGUGCUUGAGCCAGAAGGAUCGAAUGAUCGAGCCAGUGUCCCUCAAGGCUCGGACAAGGCUCUGCAAAUGCAAGUGGCCAAGAUUACUCGGGCAUCGGCUGACAUGACUGCGGCGGCGUCCACCGCGUUGUCGUUGAGUGCAUCCAUCCACAAGAUGAAUUCCACGAGGCGGUUUCUGCAGUUUUGUCAGGUCCAAGAUGUACGCAAAUACUUUCACUGCAAAGUGUCGGUGACGAAUCUUGGCCGCGAAUCUCAAGCAUACAAUGGUGUAUUGGAGCUAUCAAUGCAUGUGAAUCCAAAGGUAGCACCGCUUGACCUUGUGUUGACAGACUGGAACGUGCUAGUGGUGCUUCGGGAGCGAUCAAAGAGCCACCAAUAUACAUUUCCAUGGCGAGAUUCGCUUUCCGAGCACAUUCGCUUGGACGCGUUCGAGUUGUUUGCAGCGGGGGCUGCGAAAUUGGAAGUCCACGUGUACCUCGUCUACGACGACCGCCCGUGUGCAUUUCACUACACGGUGAUGGCCACUUCGUUGAAUGCGCUUCAAGGUGCACAUGUGUUUGAAGAGAUCCCGUGGACGGACGAGGCAUCAUUCAACCAAGUGUCCACUCAGUAUGCUGCCGAGAAUUCCACGUGGUGGAAGCGUUGCCACAGCGAAUAUUGCGACGCGGCGCAAAUUGCGCAAGCUGACAUCUCUGUGACACCGCCAACUGUGAUGUCGAUGGGCGUGUUACUUGGCAAAAAUGAGUCAUCAGUACUGGCAGCGCUGCUUUCGAAACCCCAGACGAUGGUUCAAAGUACCCUGAACGGCUUGACGAUAUCCCGGGUGGACCGACGCGGCAACAACGACGACGACGAUCCAUGGCUCGUGUCUGUUAGAGUAUCGGAUUCGUCCACGUUGGCCACGAUGCGUGCAAACAUUGUUGAAAUCUUCACACAAGAUAGCAGCCAGUCAUUCGGUAUUGCCAGCCCCGCCCCCAACGCCCGCGAGUGGGUUCCAGCGAUGUCGGCAUUGGGUUUCAAGUGGGUGGUUCUCCAAGGGAGCCUGGCAUCGCUUGAUUUGAAGUCGACGUCUCAAGCUGAAGUGUUGUGGCUUGUGGGUCAAAUUCUGACCUUGGAACUCGACUUGUCGUCGCAGUAUUGGUCGGCGCGAAAGCUCAUAACGCCGUUCAAUUGAUCACUUUUUCAACUGUGACUUCGAUGUCACUUUUGCGCCAUUAUUUGAGCGGUAUAGCUAGCUCAUUGAAUGUAUGAUCAACACGC